AUGAACAUUAUAAACUUAUCAAAACAAUCCUCCGAGCUAUCAGCUCCUUGGAAAUCUUACCUCACUGUUCCAACCCCCAAAUCAUUGAUUUCCAGGCAAAUUGCACCACCCGCCAUUCAAUCAUGUUUAUCCUCUAGGUAUCACAAAUCAUCAAUCACUCGAAAGGUAAACUCUAAUGUGUUUUCAGCCUCCACUGAUACAAAAGAUAAAAAAGCUACUAAAGAAGAAGCAACCACUUUUGGUGUUUUUCCUCCAGAGCUUUGGUUUGAAAUCAUGAACUUAAAUGAUGAUGUUGGUAUGCUUGUUACAUUAAAUAAAACUUUUUACCAUACAUUUUCUCCCCAGAUCUAUGGUAAAUUUGAGAGCUUGAUUCUAUUGUUGGUUAUAAGUAGUACAAAGCAAAUGAAAUUAAAUGAUGAAAUAUUCAUGUCAAAGGUUGGAAUUGAAUUUAAAGAUAAACUUUCUCAAUGUUAUAAAAUAUGUGAAAGACAAAAAGAAGGUGCACAUUAUGAUUAUGAAUACAUUGAUGUUGGAACAACUAAAGACUAUUCUAAUAUUGAUGGGUUUGAAUCAAAGAAGAUAAUUACAUCUCAUAAAAAAAUUGAAAGUUUGUUUAAACAUAUCUUACCAAAUGAUCAAUUAACUCUUACAAAAUCCAUAAAGAGUAUUUCUCUUGAUAUUUCAAUCUUGGAUGGAUAUCAUGAUCUUAUUGGAUCAAAAGGAUCUAAUCUGAAACAAGAUUUAAAGAAAUCAAAGAAAAUGAAUGGUGUAUUUGAACAAAGCAUAAGAUUACCAAGAGUCAAUGUUGAUAAUGGUGUUGGAUACGUACCUACAAGUGAUGAGCCAUCAUUCCCUGAAAAAGUUUACACAACAGAAUUAACACAUUUGAAUCGUGUCUUUGAUUAUAUAAAUUCAAAUAAAAGACAAAAUAUGACAAAAUUUAUAAACUAUGAUGAUUUAAAUUCAAAGAACCCUUUUGAUUUUUACUUAAACUAUUGUUCAUAUAAAAACGGCAGUCCAUUGAUCCUUAGCAAUUUUCAAUACUGCAGAAUUUUGAGAAAUUUUGAAGAGAAAUCCCAAUUGAUAAAAAUAUUGAAUAGAAACUUUGCUUCAAAAUCUCAAGUGAAUGAUUUAUUACAUCAAAUAAUUGAAACCAUGACAAUGACAUCUAGUUCAAACUCCUCUUCUUCAAUAGAUACUUCACUUUUAAUCAUUGGAUUUGAUUAUGGAAACGAAAACUUUGAAGAAUCUUAUAAAAGAGAAAGAAGGAGAAGUAUAACUAGUCAAAAACCAAUAAUGACAUUGUUGAAUAAAAGUCCUUUCUAG